AUGGCCUCCAACAGCCUCACUGCUGCUGAACUAGACACGCUCUCCUCCAAGGCAAUCGCCGCGAAGAGUUCUGCGUACUGCCCGUACUCAAAGUUCCAGGUUGGUGCAAGCCUCCUCACAGAGGACGGCACAUUUUUUGUAGGUGGCAAUGUCGAAAAUGCAAGCUAUCCAGUGGGGAUAUGCGCAGAAAAGAAUGUAUUCAGCACAGCCGUGGUAGAAGGGCAUCGUAAAUUCAAGGCCGCGGCUGUGGCUACCAAUACGUCGCCCCCAGCAUCCCCUUGUGGAUCAUGCAGGCAAUUUAUGCGUGAGUUCUGCCCUACGAAUUUUCCGGUAUACUUGUAUGACAAAGAUGGGAGGUAUGUUGUGAGAACUAUUGGAGAACUUCUCCCUGAGUCAUUUGGCCCUGAUGACUUGGCUUAA